AUGGCAGCCUUGGAGCUCAGGUCCGUCGACCUGCAGAACGCCAGGAACAACCAGGAGCAUCACACGCAGGAGAUGGGCCUGCAGCGGCUCAUCGUGGGCCACGGUGAGUCCUUCACAAUCCAGCUGCAUUUCAACCGACCCUUCCACUCUGGGACCGACUACAUCACCUUGGUGGCUGAGACAGGACCAGAGCCCACAGAGCUGCUGGGAACCCGAGCCACCUUCUUGCUCACCCAGGUCCGACAAGGCAAUGUCUGGAGUGCUUCUGACUUCACCAUUCAUGCCAACUCGCUCUUUGUCUCCCUUUUCACACCGGCCAAUGCAGUCAUUGGUCCCUACACUCUGAAGAUGGAGAUCUCUCAGGGCCCUGGUCACAGCACAACCCACCCUCUGGGGACUUUCAUCCUGCUUUUUAACCCUUGGAGUGCAGAGGACGACGUCUACCUGCCAAGUGAAAUACUGCUGCAGGAGUAUAUCAUGAUGGACUAUGGCUUUGUUUACAAUGGUCAUGAAAGAGUCAUCACCCCCUGGCCCUGGAACUAUGGGCAGUUUGAAGAGGACAUCAUAGAUAUCCGCUUUGAGAUUCUGAACAAGAGCCUGUACUUCUUAGAGAACCCAUCCAAAGACUACUCCCAGUGGAACAAUGUAGUGUAUGUCUGCAGGGUGGUGAGCGCCAUGAUCAACAGCAAUGACGACAGCGGUGUGCUGCAGGGGAGCUGGAGAGAGGACUACUCCCAGGGGGACCCACUGGAGUGGACGGGCAGCCUGCGACAGUGGGCGGCCAGGGGCGGGCAGCCUGUGAGGUAUGGGCAGUGCUGGGUAUUUGCAGCUGUUACGUGUACCGUAAUGAGAUGCUUAGGUGUUCCAACCUGUGUCGUUUCCAAUUUCCACUCUGCACACAACGUGGAUGCAAACUUGACCAUCGACACCUACUAUGACCAACAUGCAGAGAUGCUGCCAACUCAGAAAUGAGACAAAAGUAUGGGUCUGAUACCUGGCAAAUCCUCUGAAAACGUGAAUCCUUUUCUCCUUACUGCUUUCUGCAGGAAUUUCCAUGUCUGGAACGAGUGCUGGAUGAUCCGGAAAGAUCUCCCUCCAGGAUACAACUGGUGGCAGGUUCUGGACCCCACUCCCCAGCAAACCAGCAGUGGGUCGUUCCACUGUGGCCCUGCCUCUGUAAAGGCCAUCAGGGAAGGGAAGGUCCACCUGCCCUAUGACACCCCAUUUGUGUAUGCUGAGGUGAAUGCCGGUGAAGUCGUUUGGCUGUUGGAGGAUGGCCAGGCCCAGGAAAUCCUGGCCCAUAACAUCAGUUCCAUCGGGAAGGAAAUCAGCACCAAGAUGGUAGGGUCAGACCAGAGCCAGAAUAUCACCAGCUCCUACAAGUACCCAGAAGGAUCCGCUGAGGAGCGAUCUGUGUUCACAAAGGCCUCCCGGAAAAUGCUGGGCCCUUGGAGGGCCUCUGCACCCUUCCUGGACCUGCUGGGGUCUGGGGGCUUUGAGGAUCAGCCGGCCUAGCUGCAGCUUUACCUGACCAGGAAGGCUGAGUGGGGCCAGGACCUGCUGCCGAAGCUGCAUGCCCGGAGUCUGGCAGAUAGAGCCCAACCCCAGGGGCCCAUCCGCCUGCUGGUGCAUUUCUGUGCGCAGACCCUGCUGCUCGAUGGUGGCACCUGGGAGCCCCUCUGGAGACAGAUAGUGCACUUGACCCUGGACUUCGGGGAGGAGACACAGUGGCUGCUCUUGCUACCCUACAACAAUUAUAGAAACAAACCGAUGGAUGAAAAGCUGAUCUGUGUGUCUGGCAUAGCCAAGGUGGAGGAGACAGGGAGGUCCAUGCUGGUCCUAAAAGAUAUCUCCCUGGGGCCUCCCCACUUAUCUACUGAGGUGUCCGAGAGGGCCGAGGUGGGCAAGGCCCUGAGAUUCCACAUCUCGCUCACCAAUACCCUCUUGGUGGCUCUGAGUCACUGCACAAUGGUUCUGCAGGGCAGUGGCCUCGUCAAUGGGCAGAUAACAAAUGAUCUUGGAAUUCUGGUGGCCAGACACACCAUCCAAAUUCAACUGGACCUCUACCCCAUCAAAGCCGGACCCCACCAGCUGCAAGUCCUCAUCAGCAGCAACGAGAUCAAGGAGAUCAAGGGCUACAAGUACAUCUUCGUUGCUGCAGGAAGGGCUUCUUGA